GUGAAACCAUUCAGAGUCUUGAGAGACCAAACCAAAAUCUCCUUUUAGUCUCGACAUGGCUUGCCAAAAGGCUCAUUUUGAGAAUCAAAUUCUCGAAUUGUAUAACAAAAUCUCCAAUCUCAAGAGCCUUAAACCUUCCAAAAACAUCGACACUUUGUUCCAACAGCUCAUGACCACGUGCUUACCCACGGAAACAAAUAUCGACGUCAAAAAGUUGUGUCCAAAAGUCCAAGACAUCAGAACCAAUCUCAUCAAGCUACGUAGUGAAGCUAUAGGGUAUUCGGAGCAACACUUCUCCACGGUCUUGGGAUCUCUCAAAGACAACCCACUUACCCAUUUAGAUCUCUACCCUUACUACACUAACUACCUCAAACUGAGCAAGGUCGAGUUCGAUCUCCUCAUGCUACACACGAGCCAUGUCCCAACCAAGAUCGCCUUCGUGGGCUCUGGUUCGUUGCCUUUCACAUCCAUCAUCUUAGCUAAGUUCCACCUCCCAAACACGACGUUCCACAACUUUGACAUCGACCCUCAAGCCAAUUCCCUCGCCUCCCAGCUUGUCUCACGCGAUCCUGAUCUUUCUUGUCGCAUAAUCUUCCACACAAUGGAUAUAAUCAACGCCACAGAGAUUCUACGUGACUACGAGGUUGUUUUCUUGGCGUCUCUUGUUGGGGUUGAUAAAGAAGCGAAAGUCAAAGUCAUUGAACACUUGGAGAAACACAUGGCUCCUGGUGCUCUUCUCAUGCUUAGGAGUGCUAAAGGCCUUAGAGCGUUCCUGUAUAUAGACGUUGAUCCUUGUGAUCUAAGAAGUUUCGAGGUCUUAGAGACUUAUCACCCGUCGUUGUCAGAUGGGUUUGUGAACUCGGUGAUGGUCGCACGCAAACUCAGUGAUUGAUUUAUUACGAACGGUGUAUAUUGGAACAUGAUCGGUGCUAAACUUUUUUAUUUAUUAUAAAUGUUUGUUAAUAAAGUAUACGUAACCACGUAUCUUUUUCUAAACACCUUUAGUGUGAAUGUUUGUUAGAGUGGUUUGUAUCUUAAUUUUUUUAUAUGUUUGUUAGAGUGGUUUGUAUAUCUUAAUUUUUUUGAUAUGUUUGAAAUAUAUUGAGAGGAUACGUAGUAGUGUUUCUACAAACUAUGCAUACUCAAUUUUGUGAUA